AUGGUCCUUGUGGCCCUCGCUGUUGCAUCAAUCGCUAUUUCAUAUCUGGCCGCGUGGAUUCCGUCUAUUUUGCUAUGGAUUAAAAGAAGAUUGCGGACCAUCGAAUUAAUUGAACGUUUUCCUGGCCCAGAGGCACUUCCUCUAAUCGGAUGCGCACAUCAGUUCAGCUUCGACAGUCACAAAUUCUCGCACCAAAUGGAGGAAACGUUCGAGAAAUAUUGCGAAGGAAAUCAUGGCAAUGGUAUUUUUCGAAUGUGGAUUGGACCUGUUCCCGUCGUAUUCAUAUGCAGGGCGGAUGCUGCGAAGGCUCUACUGGAAAACAGCAAAGAAAUAUCAAAACCUGCUGAAGGUUACACUAGACUUCAGGAAUGGCUAGGCUUAGGUCUGCUCACAAGGAAUGGAGACAUGUGGAGGACAAGGAGGAAAAUGCUGACACCCGCUUUUCAUUUUUCGAUUUUAAGCGACUUUUUGCCAAUUUUCAACAAGGAAACAAGCAUUCUCCUCCAGCAGUUUUCACAGUUUGCUGACACAGAAAAGGCUGUUGACGUGCUUCCUCUGAUAAAACUUUGCUCAUUGGAUGUUAUAUGCGAAUCUGCCAUGGGCGUAAACAUACGAGCACAGAUAGGCCAUAACAAAGAGUACGUUGAAUCAGUUAGGGAGCUAUGUCAACUGCUUUGGGAUCGGGAACGACUACCGUGGCUUUGGCCAGAGCUUUUUUGGAUUCUCUCGGGGAGAGCAGCUCGUUGCGAAAGGGCUCUUGGAAUUGUAAAAGGAUUCACACGAGCAGUCAUCACGAAACGAAAAGAGCAAAGAAAGCUUCAAAGGCGAGAUCCAAAUCGGAAACCCGCAUUCCUCGACUUGCUUUUGGAUAUGCAAGAAUCGAACUGCCUUAGCGAUAAUGACAUUGGAGACGAGGUGGAUACUUUCAUGUUUGAAGGUCACGACACCGUCUCAAGCGCGCUUGGUUAUGCCCUUUUCUGCCUGGGUAACUAUCCCGAAGAACAAGAAAGGCUGUUUGAAGAGGUUAAAGAUGUAAUUGGGCCAGAUGACCGCGAGCUUACACUUGAAGAUGUUCGCAAUCUUAAACACACUGAUAAAGUGCUCAAGGAAGCCCUCAGGGUGUUUCCUCCCGUCCCUAUGAUCGCUAGAAGAUUGGAAGAGGAUUUGAAUGCAUGUGGGGAAACUAUUCCUGCUGGUGUUACAGCCAUGAUAGUACCCUUUGGAACUCAUCGAGACCCUAAGUAUUUCUCUCACCCUCGCAAGUUCUAUCCCGACCAUUUCGACGUCGACGUCUGUUCCAGCCGUAACGCGUAUGCCUUCAUUCCAUUCUCAGCUGGACCAAGGAAUUGCAUAGGUCAACGAUUUGCUGCGCUAGAAGAAAAGGUAAUGCUUGCUCGACUAGUACGACGAUACCGAUUUCGCGCGACAUUGACGUUCGAACAGAAUCGUGGGCUUCCGGAAUUCAUCUUGAGGCCGGCUGAAGGAAUUCCUCUCAUCAUAGAGAGAAGAAAGGAUUAGAGUCUGACUUACUCAUCAGCCUUGAGUAACCACUGCUGUUACACAAAAAAUUAUGAGCUAUUAAUGUAC